UGCGCUGACCACUGGCUCUGCUUCCCCAUUUAUUGUCACUAGAGCCAAAUUAACCUGGUCCAGAGCUCCGACGCUUCUGCAGAGUACCACGAGAAUCAGCAAAUACAACAAGCCGCCUAUUUCCAUAGUCUCUACCAUCGGCACUAGACACAUUACCACACAGUCUCGCUGGUGCAGUACGGCCCGUUUAUCAAUAGAUUCCCAGAAUCAAUGCGCCCAUAUCUGUAUCUGACCCGAAUGGACAAGCCCAUCGGGACCUGGCUCCUAUACUGGCCGUGCGUAUGGGGCAUAGGAAUGGGCGCAUAUGCGACUGGAAUUCCCAUUGCCAGUAUGGCAUACCUUAUGGCAUUGUUUGGAACUGGCGCCGUUGUUAUGCGCGGGGCUGGGUGUACCAUCAAUGACAUGUGGGACGUCAAAUUCGACAAAAUGGUUGAGCGCACCAAGACACGCCCGAUUGCGUCGGGCGUUAUCAGCCGCCCAAAGGCGUUUGUCUUUCUCAGCGCACAGCUCGCUGCAGGCCUUGCCGUAUUGGUGCAGCUAAAUCCUUACACGAUUGCAUUUUGUAUGGGGUCCAUGCCGCUGGUGAUCAUGUAUCCAUUUAUGAAGCGCAUCACAUACUGGCCCCAACUAGUUCUGGGUCUCGCCUUCAACUGGGGCGCACUCGCUGGCUGGUCAGCAGUGGCGGGCGGAAUCGAUUGGGCCGUUGCUCUACCACUCUACGCAGCCGGCGUGUCGUGGACAUUGGUAUACGACACGAUCUACGGACACCAAGACAAACGGGACGAUAUUGCUGCAGGCGUCAAAUCGACGUCCUUGCUUUUUGCAGAAAACACAAAGGCGAUCUUGUCCGGAUUCUCUACUAGCACCAUAGGUCUCUUGUGUCUGUCGGGUUAUAUGAAUGGGCAGGGAAUACCAUUCUACGCCACUGUUCUGGGCGCCGGCACUGCUCACUUGGUGUGGCAGCUGCGCAAAGUCAACAUCAACGAUCCCUCGAUGUGCUGGAAAAUUUUCAAAUCAAACACUUGGUUUGGUGGUAUCAUUUUCAGUGCCAUUUUGGCUGACCUUGUGUACACCCGUUAUAUGGCAAAAGUUGAAGACGAAGGCCCUUUGUUGGUGAAGGCCAAAGCUUAGCUUGUGUGCUGCUAAAACAGCAUGUACAAGGUGUCAUUUUAUUAGAGAUUUUCACAUUUUUAUUUGGUGCAAAAUAUAAAUGAAAUUAUUUAUUUUUG